CAGCUUGUUGACGGUAAAUAUCAAGUAUACGGCAUGUUCCCACAUUUAUUUUAUGAAAAAUAAGUAAUACGUGUAGUAGUUUAGGAUUCCGAUUAUAAAAGUAAACGAUGCUGGUUUCGAAUUGUUUUCGUGGAAUACGGCUUACUAGGCACGUUAAUUGUCGUCAAAUAAGAACAUUAGCGCCUCAAGCAUAUGCGUUGAUUGCGGGUUCUGCUAAGACCCUUAUAAAUACAGCUGGACGUAAACUUUUUGGACCAACAUCGGAUGAGAUUGUUCGAGAUGUUGACUUGGGAGAUAAGUAUUGUCUGAUCACUGGUGCCAACGGCGGGCUCGGACUUGAGAUGACGCGCUGCCUCAACGAGCGUGAUGCCCACGUCCUUAUGGCUUGUAGAAACACAUACGCGGCCAAUUUUGCCAGUAAGAAAGUCUGCAAGAACUUGGAUCGUUUGAGUACAGGCGAAGUAAACUUGGCCUCGCUUCGAUCUGUGAAGAAUUUCACGGACCGUCUCGUGGCAGAAGACAAAAAAUUCGACAUUGUAAUUUUAAAUGCCGGUGUUUUUGGUAUUCCACGGACUAUCACGGAAGACGGAUUGGAAACAAUAUUCCAAGUCAAUUAUUUAAGUCAAAUAUACAUGCUGAUGAACAUUGAAAAACUUUUAUCUCCUAAUGCCCGCAUAGUGUUUCUUACUUCCGAGUCUCACAGGUACGUAAAUUGGCCUUUAGAGAAAAGGCUACUGCCUACCGAGGAGAUGUUUUCGCUGCCGGCAAGUGAAUAUACUUCAAUCAAGGCUUUCAACGUAUCCAAGCUAUGCUGCAUUUUCGCGAUGCACUACCUGGGCUACCGGUGGAUGAACACGGGCCGGAGUGUGUUCAGCGGCACUCCCGGUUCGUUCAUCAGAACAAACCUGUGCAGCAAUUGGUGGGUCUACGAGUUGCUCUACAUGGGCUUGCAACCGUUUAAUAAGUCUAUUUCUCAAGCCGCUGCCACGCCACUGUACUGCGCAACUGCGCCCGAGCUGGAGGGUAUGACAGCCGUGCAUUUCAAAAACUGCAAGCGCUGCGAGGAGAGCGAGCUGGCGCUCGAUUCCCACCUGUCGUUCCGGCUUUUCGACAUGACGCUGCGCAUGAUCGAUGAGCGCGUGCGACACUUCGAGAGCCCGCUGCUCGAGGCUAAGGAAAAAUCUAAGCCCGAACAAACUGAAAAAGUGGCUAAGGAGCCCAUCGAGGACGACCUUAUCUCUAGCUAUUCAGGUUAAUUGACUCGCUUCACUUGC